CAGGUUCUGACAGUGGGAGGAUAUUGGCGAUUUUUCUGGGACCUGGCAGCACGUCCAGCCAAGUGGGCGAGAUUUCUAAAAUCUGGAGCAUCCUUUGCACCUUUAGACCCAACAACUGCUGCUGCUGCUGCCUAUGACGUAGACUUAUUCGACGUCGACGUUGACGACUCCGACUCGCAAUCGACACUGUCACCGCCAACAACCUUGUGCCUCAGCGUGACGUUUGCCAUUCUGGUUUACAGCAUUUUCGCAGCCGAGGAUUUCUUCACGGACUACGUGACACGGGUUCUACUAAAUCCCGGCUCAGGGGAUGAGUCAGUUAGGGCCAAAAAGGAGUGGAAAAAAUACGCUUACAAGAAACUAGAAAAGUCGGGCGAGAAUUGCGUUCUUUGGGUGAUCCUGGUUGCCGUUUUGGUGGCCUCGACUUCAUCCACGUCGUCUACAUUAUUGGGCACCCGACCCAGUUUGGGAAACUUUCUCAAGUCGUACUGGAAAACAGCGGGUGUCUUGUGGGUACUGCAGUACUGGGCCCUGCCUUUUUUGAGUUUGUGGCUGCUGGAUCACCACAGAGGCGGGAUAAAUAAGGUCAAAGUGCGACAAGGAUUACGUGACAAGAUUGAGGCCGAGGCUGAGAGGCUCAGCUAUCCGCUUUUCGACAUCGUCGUGGUGAAAAGUGGUGAUUUGGAUUGCUACCAGGAUUUUGACGUGACCAACAUGGCACACACGAUCGGACCCCCGACCCCGGAAACCCUGUUCCUGAUUGAGAGCGAAUCCGGAUCGAAAAGUUACACAUUGGUGACGGAAUCGUCGGAUUCAAGCAUGUCUCCGGAAGCGGGUCAUUGGCGAAACUUUGACCGCGAAAGCUUCAUGGCCGACGAGCGAAUUGCAAAUUUAAUGAACCCGCAAUUGGACAUCAAUGGGGAUACUUGCUGCGAUCAGCAUCGAUCCGGUGCCGGGGCAUGCGACAAUUUGCCACGGAAAAAGUUCCUUCGAAAACAGAGCAGACCUUGUUUCGAGUGCGAUAUUUUCCUAGCCCUUCAAGGUUGCCAACGUACAGCAUACUACAAGGAGCUCAAACCGAAUCCCAUCAGACCAAAGCCAGAGACUUUGAAACUAUACAGAAUGCGUGACAAAUAUGCAGCAGCGCCGCAUUUUCCGUGCGACUCACUGAAACCCAUCGAUCCCGGGUGUUGCUUG